AUGAAUAAAUUCGUAUUCGUUCUUGCAAUAAUUGCAUCGGUUAACAACAUCAAUGAAGCAUUUGUACUUCUUUACAACACAGAGAAUAGUAUUGGCAUGGAGGAAUUUAAUUGCAUCUAUCUCAUAAAAAAUUCCACCAUUAAAUAUUGCAUACGACACGGACAAAGACUACCAAAAUCUGAAGAAUUUAGUAAUUGUUCAAAUGGAGAACAGUGGAAAUUCUCGGAGCUUCUUGAUGAAGAAAUUUCACCUUCACAGAUUCUCACAUGGAGCUCAAGUGUAGAAAAAACGGAUGAUUAUGCUCGAAUAUUUUACAAUCGGUCCGAAAAUUUCAAUAAAGAUGCUUACUUGUGCAAUUGUACACAACCAGGUUCAUUUGGUAAGAAUUGCGAAUACGAGCUUAUUUUCGACGAAUUACUAUUCAGCGAGGCAAUACAAAGCGCCCACGAAGCGAAAAAUAUCACCCAGGGCCACCAAUUAUGGGGAGAUAUCUUGUGCUAUGAAACUUUGAAAUGCGAUUAUGGCAUGCUAUGUCUUGACUGGAGAAAUAUUUGUGAUGGACAGCAGAAUUGUAUGGAAGGAAUUGAUGAAGAAAAUUGUGACAAACUAGAGUUCAACGAAUGUGGGGAAGACGAAUAUCGCUGCGUCAAUGGAAUGUGCAUUCCAGAAGAGUACUGGCUUGACGGCCAACCUGAUUGUAUGGAUGGAAGUGAUGAGAUGCCGGACGACGGACUUUCGACUAAGUGCGCUCUGACACCGUUGGUCAUCGACUGUGAUGAUCGUAUAUGCCCAUUACACUCAUGGUCUUGUGGGGAUGGCCAAUGUAUUUUAUCUUUCUACCGCCAUAUCUACCAGAGUUUUUAUCCCACUGGUGGUACAUAUUGCUACAGUAUGCGAGAGUUCAAUCACAUGUGCGAAACAGCCGUCGGUAAAUCAUUGUGGACGAAGCCAAAUGGAAUGUGCGCUGAAUUUGGCUAUAAAGACGACUCCAUAGCAGAUCUUUCUGGCUACAAUAAGUGUAUUUAUCUGACUCGGUGCGCUCUCUCAAGUGGGGCCGAAGUAGAAUGUCCAUGUAACGGUAUAAACUGCACUGUAUUAUUAUCAAUCAAUUGUAUGGAAUUUGAACUAUUGUUUUAUCCAAGAAAAGGUAUUAUUCGACCAACAAUACAUCAUGCGUACAUUCGGAAUCGGAAUUGGAGCUAUACGGAGCCGGACGGGCACGUACUUAUUGGAAUCCUUCAAUGUCGAAGACUGCUCAUUCCUAUAUCGUUUGACGAUAACGUAGCAUUUGAAUAUGACCAGACCUUUAUAACCUUGCCACAAACGGAUGCGCUUUUGUGCUAUAGUGUUAUACGUAUGGGUUUGGUUCUCGAAUCGGAAACAAAGCAGCUGGAAACAUGUUGGAAUGAUUCGUUUACGUUCAAUGGUCGGCCAUAUGCUUUUUAUAAUAUUUGUCAUCCACCAGAUCGAUGCAUCUCUCAGUAUCGCAUUCGCGAUGGGCAGUUCGACUGCUAUGGAAUGGCCGAUGAAAAUUUAACAGAAUUUAAACAUACAAAUCACUGUUAUAACAUCCAAAAGCACCGAUUGCAGUGUUCAACGGAGGAGACGACAUGCUUACCGGCUUCAGCACUUGGUCAGAUUGGUACUGGAAAUCCAAAUUGUGAAAACAGCUAUGACAAAUUAAUUCAUGGAAACGGUUCGGUGCUUACUUCAAUAUCCUGCACAAUAUAUGAGGAGAAUAGUGAAUGCCAUCAGCUUAGAUACUAUAUUGGCAACUCAUCCAUUCCUAAUUCUUCAUUUGUAUAUACCCAAGAUGAAAGCAAUGCUCAGUAUUACUCAACAGCACUACCUUUUCGAGGAUAUUGUGACAGUUUUUGGCAUGAUCACGUGACACAUUAUGAUGAAAAUUCUACAUUAUGUCAACAAUGGGUCUGUAAAGAGCAUCAGUUUCAAUGUCGAACGGGUCAAUGCAUCGAAUUAAACUGGGUGUGCGAUGGUGAAUGGGACUGUUCAGAUGCAAGCGAUGAAUUCGGCAUCUUCGGCAACUGGUCCGACCACAAUGAACGUUUAUUGGCUUUGAAUGACCGCAAAAUGAUAUGUCUCGCUCAAUACAAGACACUCCCGUUUUUCGACUUUUGCGACUUUGAUUAUGAAUAUCCUUGUUAUCGGGCAUCUGUUCCUCGUCCGCUCGAUAUUUACACAUAUCGACCGUGCAUAAAUUUGACUCAGAUUGGUGAUGGUAUUGAAGACUGCUACGGAGGCUUGGACGAAAAGAACACAUUUCAGGAUUGCCAAGAACAAAUGCUUGGAUAUACUCUCAAAUGUGAUAGUCAAUGUGUAAACUACUUGCAAGCAUGCGUUAUACCGAUUUGUGAAAUGUCAGUUCUGUGCUCAUACAGAAAUAAUACCUCGGGAUUUUGUUCGAAACCGAACGAUGUAGUUUGUCUCAAUGGCACUUGCGCAAAGAACGCUCGAUGUGACAAAAAGCAUCAGUGUUCACACGGUGAAGAUGAGCAUUGGUGCAUGCCGUCUGGUUCUCUAACAGACAGCUUUAUCUAUCGAUACCGUAAACAACAGUAUCGAUGGCGGAGCGCUUCGAUAGCAGAUAUACCAAACUUUCCAAAAGGAAACAUUCGGCCAAUUCCAAAGACUACGAAAGGAGAUCUUUUGAAAAGUACUCCAUCGUUGUUAUCAACACGAAACCAUUUGAGAAAGGAUAGAAGAAUGAACCCGAGGGAUGUAUCAUCCAAGAAUGUAGAACCGCAACUUGACUGGCGAAGGUACACCUGUAAUCAGGGUUUUCCCAUAUAUCUCUCUUCCAAAAAUGAAACUCACUGUAUUUGUCCACCAACAUAUUAUGGAUAUAAAUGUCAAUUUUUCUCCGAUCGCUUGUCCGUUGUCACUCAUCUUGAUUUAACCGAAUUUUGGAAUCUGAAUGAAACGAGGUUAUUAACCGUUGUUGUUACCCUACAUUUUUUAGAAACUAUCGAGGAUCACUACAUGUUUCAUGUCACGCCUAUCUUUACAACCACUAAAUAUGUCAAACAACGUUUUUUCUUGUUGUAUUCAAGAUCUAAUGACUCUAUUAAGCAUAAAAAGUGGCGAUAUUUUAAUCGUACAGAUAUUAUUAAUCAACAUCCUUACUCGAUUCAAUUUACCAUAUAUUCACUUUCCGACAAGCGAAUCAAUGAAUUGGGUUCAUUUCAUUAUCCUAUUUAUUUCGACUUUCUUCCGGCUUUCCGUUUUUCCGUUGUUCCAAAGUUUCCUAAGUGGUUCGGUAAUUCAACAGCUGAUCCGUGCAGUAACAGUUCCUGCAAUUCAAAUUCCUUGUGUAAGCCGCUCCUUAACCAGAACACAACCAUGUUCUACUGCUCAUGCAAAUCUGGAUAUAGUGGCAAAAACUGCGAACAAUAUGAUGCGAAAUGCUCAUCUUACUGCCACAACAACUCAGUUUGUCUGUCAAACAGUAGAGGUUUGAUCGGCAAUCCCGACAACCCGUUAUGCAUUUGUCCAUUCAGUCAUUUCGGACCUCGCUGUUUUCUUCGAAGUGAAGCUUGUAACUCCAAUCCAUGCGGAGCGAAUUCAACUUGUCAUUUAACUUAUGAUCCGAGUGGAGAGAAUUCGUUCUUUUGUGUAUGCCCAAAAAACUUUUACGGAGAUCGAUGUCAGUACGAGAAAAUGUCUAUACAUAUUGUAGUGAACAUGACAGACUCGGUCGCCGCAAGUCUUGUCCAAUUUUAUGAUUACUUGUUGCCACGAAUGAUACUACAUUUAUACAAUCAGCAAGUGUUUCGUGGUUUGCCAAAAACAGUUCGGUACAUUCAUGGACGAGAACAGAUCCCUUUCAUGUCCAUUCUUAAAAUUUAUAAAGACAUGACAAAACCCGCAUAUUUCAUUCUUUAUAUUCAGCCUAACUCAACAACUAUCGACAGAACAUCAACGCCUGAGUGGUGCCCACAUGCUACAGAUUUACUUUCACCAAGUAAAUAUUCCAAAGGAAACGAGUUAGUAAUUUAUUAG